AUGUCAUCUGACACAUCGUCUAUUAUUGGUGCUACAGAAAACCCCCCAGAUGUCAAUGGAUUGCCGUCAAACUUCCUCUCAAUUAUGGACAUCACGAAGGACCGUUCAAGUACACGCGGACACAAGACUGGAGGUAAAACCAUCUAUAUUUGCACUGCGUGUGGAGAUAAACGAUACGGCCAUAAGGCAAAUGCUGCCAAUCACGUCAGAAACAACCACCCGGUCGCAUCCAGAUCCACCAGGUCUGUAUCGGGCACCCAGCGCUCAAUCUCCGCACAUUUUCGCCCUGUAGCAAGCGAGGACGCACUUCGAAAUGCCUUCAACCCGCAGGCAUAUCAGGAAGCAUUGAUCAGCAUCCUCACGUGUCGGAGAGUGCCCUUUUCGGCUAUUGAAGGCAAGAAGAACAUGUUCAUGGGAUAG